CACGUUUGAUAUUACAUGUCUACAACUCCAUUUCUCCACGCGUUAUUAACACUUCACCAAGAUAUAUACACUUCACGCAAUUUCUUUGUUUACUCUCUAUCCUUCUAACCAAUCCCCUCUAGAUCAGUGUUACUCCCAUGGCGGAGGAAACUGGUACAAGAGGGAACCUCAACAUCAAACGCAAAAGAAAAAACUCCCGUUUUCUAUCUUGUUUCGGUUUUCCACACCGAGAUGACAAAUAUUUGCCGGAACUAAAUGUCUGUGAUGACCAAAAAAAGACACGUCGCUGGUUUUCUAGUGCGAAACUUCGUCUGAAGAACUCCGUCAAAGAAACUAUUGCAGUUUAUAACCCACCAAUCUUUAAGAAAAUUGAUGGCAAGAAGCAGAUUAAAGAAGUGAGGUAUGACAACUUCACGGGGAAAGGCCGGAGUCCGGCGAGUCUAGAUCGUAAAACAGUGAAGUUUGCCGCGAUUGAAACUCUAUUGUCAUUUGACCAAACGCUGAACUCUGAUGGGAAACCAGGAAAGGAAAUGUGUGGAGGAACCACUAAGAAAAACAUCAUCGGAUCCGGUAAACUACCGACGGAUACGUCUAAAAGAUUGGAAGUGAUGAAGGUUGAGACGACAGUUGGUUAUCAACGUGAUUCUCCGGUAAAGAAGUCUAGUCGAGAAAUGGUCACAAUGUCCGCACAGUUACGAAAUUCACUAGGCCCGAGUAGGAAAUUUAGUGAAAAAACUACUGGAAAAUUUGGCCCGAUAGUAGGUAUGUCAGUUUUAGUUGUGAUAAUGGCAAUGAUGCUUCUGUUGGGAAAGAUUUCUGCUAUAUUCUACACUGCAGCUUGGUUAUAUUUUCUUCAUUACUAUAGAAUGAUGGGAGGAAAAAUAAUAAAGGAAAUCGAAGGAAAAAGGUCAAAUACAAUCAAUAUUACGAAAAGCUUCAACUCAAAAGACUUUAAGAAGAGAGCACUUUUGGAAGGACUGGUCGAGAAGAAACACAUGUGGUCUCUUAGAUGAUGCUGGGUUUUGAGAUCGGAAAAGGGUUCCAUUUUUUACAUAAAUUUGAUAUCUGGUGAGAUAAAUUGUAACUGUAUUACUUAUUAUUCUUUUCCUUAUGUUCUUUGAGUUUGUAUAAAUUAUUUUUACUAAAAAAA